UGUGUGUGUGUGUGAGACUCAGAAUAACUUUGCAAAAACAAACACUCCAUUUAAGGCACAUUUGCCAUGGUUUUUUUCAAUACCUCAUAGUAACUGUAGGAAUUCAGCUCAGGUUGAUCACUCAGAAUAUUUAUUUAUUUUGGGGAGUGGCUUUGGUUUUUUAAGUACAAGCACCAUCACGGUUGCCAUACAUAUGUUUACAUAUACUUACCGAUUGAACAAGAUUGUGUAGAUCUGCUCGGGUCUAUCUUCCCCCUUCACCUUGUGUUGUGGGGCGCUUGGGUGACCCCAAGCUCCCUUAUUGGUUGAGUGUAGACCUAUAUUCUGGUCCUUAUCAAAGACCUUAUCAAAUCAGGCUGGUAAAAAAAUUCCCAAAUAUUAGCUUCCUGCCAAUGGUACAAAUUGACCAAAAAAAGGCCUGUGGGAUGCUUUUGUGACUCCCAAACAAAGAACACAUUUUGUUACACAAAAAGAUGUGGAUGUUAGGUCAUCUUACCUCUUUUGAAAGUCAAGAACAGUAGUGCACACUUCCUGGAAAAAGAACUACAAUCCAUUCAAGUUGAGUAUUUAAUGAUGGUUUGAAGUUUGUAGAACAAACUGUUGGUAUGCAGGUCAAUAGGCCAAGUGAUAUUAUGUGGAUUUAAUUGCUGUACGUUGCCAUUAAGUCUUUAAUGACCUGUACUAGCUGCAACCUGAAAGCCAUUCCUAUGUGGAUGCAAACCUCUUGCAAAAAUCCAACAAAGGCCUAACACUGGCCUUGCCUGAGUCAGUUUUGUCCGGGGUGAGAAAAUCACCCCAGGUCUAAGCAAGGUUAGAUUUGGAAUUGAUACUGGAUGAAAUAAGGAAGUAAACUUGUGUUUGGGUUGUACAACUUCAAAUUGCUAAAAUCACAUCAUUGAAUGUUCCUGUAUACCAAUAAUUCCUUUCAUGUAGAAAACAAGAAGCAUUGGACACUUCUCACUGAGCUUUAAGCAGAGGGAGAUAAUUUUGUAUGAAGAAACUUUUCCUCCCACCUGAAGGAUUAGCACUGUAAGGAACAGUAAACCUCUAUUUAGGCAGAAAUAUUGGGGCGAGUGUGGUGUCACGUGGAUGUGUGUAAAACCACUUUUAAAACAUUUUUUUCCUUUUUCUCAAGGUUCAAGAUGGUGGCGUUCACAGUCCUUGCUGCACUGAUGCUUACCACAGUACACUCACAAGAAGCAGAAGAAACUAUCACAUACACGCAAUGCACGGAUGGCUAUGAAUGGGACCCUGUCAUGCAGCGGUGCAAAGAUAUUGACGAGUGCGAAAUUGUGCCCGAUGCCUGUAAAGGUGGGAUGAAAUGUGUUAACCACUUUGGAGGAUACCUCUGUUUGCCCAAAACAGCUCAUAUCAUUGUCAAUAAUGGUCAGGAAGGACCCCCACCUGAAACCACCAGCGGUCGAAAUGGUAACCCGAUCAUUCGGCGAACACCUGCAGAUUACGUGCCGUCGCAGAUACAGUGUGCGGCUGGGUUUGAGGCGAGUGAUCACAACGUGUGCCAAGACAUUGAUGAGUGUGCAACCGGCAUCCACACCUGCCGGCCAGAUCAGAUCUGUGUUAAUUUGAGAGGCUCGUUCAGCUGCCAGUGUCCAGCCGGCUAUCAGAAGCGAGGAGAGCAGUGUAUCGACACAGAUGAAUGUGUUAUCCCUCCGUUUUGCCACCAUCGGUGCGUCAAUACUCCCGGAUCCUACUACUGCCAGUGCAACGCUGGCUUUCAGUUAACAACUGACAACCACACAUGUGCAGACAUAAACGAAUGUGAGACCAGCAACCCGUGUGCUCAGCUGUGCUACAACGUGGUGGGGUCCUUCCUGUGCCAGUGCAAUCAAGGCUUUGAGCUAAGCCCUGACCGAAUCAGCUGUGAUGAUGUUGAUGAAUGCAGAACUUCUAAUUUCAUGUGUCAGUAUCAAUGUGUCAAUGAACCAGGGAGAUUCUCUUGCAUGUGCCCGGACGGAUACCAGUUAGUCAGGGGAAGGAAUUGUCAAGAUAUAAAUGAAUGUGAAGUGGGUAAUGAAUGCCGGGAAGAUGAAAUGUGCUCUAAUUAUCACGGUGGCUAUCGUUGUUAUCCAAAGAACCCUUGCCAAGAACCCUACGUGUUGGCCUCAGAAAAUCGUUGUGGUUUCUUUUACAGUCGCUGUGUUUGUUCGGUAUCUAAUCCCCUUUGUCGAGAACUGCCAUAUUCCAUUGUCUACAAGUAUAUGAGCAUCCACUCAGAGAGAACUGUGCCAUCUGAUAUCUUCCAAAUCCAGGCAACCACGAUUUUCCCCAAUACAAUUAACACGUUCCGGAUUAAGUCUGGGAAUGAAAACGGAGACUUCUUUCUGAGACAAAACACCCCGGUGAGCGCGAUGCUCGUAUUGGUAAAGCCCUUAACAGGACCCCGAGAACAUAUCAUUGACCUGGAGCUCCUCACAGUCAACAGUAUGAACUACCGGUCAAGUUCAGUGCUCAGGUUAACACUGAUUGUGGGACCCUAUCCUUUCUAGUCUCCGCAGUUAAGUAAUCGGCAAGCAACCAAAGAAAUAUUCCCUUAAAUGAAGCACUUAUGAAUUUAUUUAUAGAUUUUACAUGGCGUGUUUGUUUUUUUUUUUAAGGAAAAACCCCUUUAUUAAGGAAAUUAGUACUUGUAGCCAUGCUCUUACGCUUAGAAAUCAGAAGUAGUGUACAUGUUCUGAAGUAUAACCCAGGCAUUGCCACUUUCUGUAUAAAGUCUGCUUUCUCCCUACUCUUAUAAUACCUGUAUUGGUUGUCCACCCACAGCCCAGUAAAUUUCUACUCUUUCCACUAAAUGCAUGGAGGCGGCAGGAGAAGCGGACGCACGUGCGCAGUUCCUGCCCCAGACACAACCUGUCCAGCAGAAGCUGCGACCAGAGCUGGCUGUGCGGAAGCUCCGCAUGCCGCAGUUUGCCAGUCACGGGGAAGGAUCUGUGGCAGCCGCCCCAGGAUGGAGGCCUCCAAAUAAGCCGCCCCAGAACUCCCAUGAUGACAGCGGUGGUCCAGCUGUGGAAGGCACCUGGUUAGGGUAUUAAGUGGCAUUCACACCUUGCGCUGAACAUCUUUCAUGAAGAGCAGUGUGGUGUAGUGGUUGGAGUUCUCACUCAGCCAGGAAGUUCACGGGGUGACGUUGGGUUCCUGGUUGUGGACUCUCGGAAUAACCUGCCUCACAGAGUCGUUGUGAGGCUAAGUGGGCCCACAAGCAACUUGCAGGGGGAGCAGGACAGCAAGUGGCACUGCAUGCUUGAAUGCCUGCGUCCACGCGAUGCAGUGCAACGCUGGCAGUGCGGACUCAGGAGAUCUGAGUUCCAGUCCCCACGUCGCUGGGAAGCUCGCUGGACAGCUUUGGGCCAGUCGUGGGCUCUCAGCCUUACCUACCUCACAGGGUUGUUGUUAGAAUAACAUGAGGAGGAGGCCAUGGAAGCUGCCUUGGGAAAGAGGGAAAAGGGCAGAGUAUAAUUGCAAUAAUAAUGAUUUUUAAAAAGCAGCAGGCAGUGGAGUGGAGCCAGAGUGCCCAACCAUGUUCACUGCCCCUCUCCAUGAAUUCAGUGGCCGUGCCCUAAAAGUGGGGACAGGAUUGCUAUCUUUGAGGUUUUGUAAUGUGUGCCUUUUCCUUUUCAGCAGAGGUUGGAAAUAUGAUACUUUUCCAUCUGAAGGAUGCAGUCUCUCUCCCUCUCUCUCUCUCUCUCUCUCUCUCUCUCUCUCUCUGUGUGUGUGUUUGUGUGUGUGUGUGUGUAACCACCUCUGUCCAGUGAUUGCUUAUGGAUACAAGAGCUCAAAGAGCAGAUGGUGCCCCUCUGUCUGCAAGGCUGCCCCAUUCAUUUCAACGGAGAAAGCCAAUUCAUAAGUGUAUUCUGUAGCGUAUAUGUUAAUGAAAAUAUUGUAGAAAUCAUGCACAAGAACAUCAUAUGGGAUGUCACCCAGCCAAAGAGCACCACAUUUCAUGUCCAUUGAGAUUAUAAAUUCCAUGGGAUCCAUGUACACUUAGUAUUAGCUGCAUUAGAAACCGGGGAGAAAUUAAUUCAGUUCACAUGUUAAUGUUAAUGUGGACUCACCUAAUUUUGCAUAUUUGGAUCACUAUGCAAACCAAAGCUCAGUUAUCCUUUGAAAUUUGCACUUCUCCAAAUUUUGCAAUGAAGUUCUCCAAUCAAGAAAUGUACACAAACAUGCAUUUAUUAGGCAAAAUAACAUUUAAAAAACCAUGCAUUAGAAGUGUAUCCAAAAGUGCUUCCAAAUUUUCAUCCAAGCUUUAAAAAUAAAAGCCUCAAAGUUUGGAAUGAACUAUACUUAAGACAUUUCUUGAUGUACCAAACUUAAGAUAGGAAAAAGAAGGAAACUAAAACGGACAGAUUUUUCCAUCCAUAGACAGGAUUGUGCCCAAAUUCAGCUUCAAAGGUACUGGACCAUUCAGGUGAAUAAAGUCCAUUUCUAUUUUUUCAUCAUUUUAGUAUGCCUAGGAAAUAGAAUCUAGGUUAUGGGUUAUUGGGGGUCAGUAGCCCCAACCUUGAUAGCUUUCUCUUCCGCAGGAUUGGGCAGAUCUACUUUGUUUCCUGCUAGGACCUCAAGAUUCACCAACAAGUUCUAGCUCAAAAGUCCUGUUUCUUUGUAUGUAACAUAAAACUCAUGGUUCUUACAAACAGGAACCUGUUCCUUAUUACCGCUCAAGCAUCCUUCAAUUUAACAACCUUGUGUGGAAUCUUUUGGGGGCUGGCUGUUCUUGAACAAUCAUAGGGCAACUAAUUCUGUCUCUAGUAGAUGUGAAAGUUUGCCACUUGUCCUUUUAUGGAAAAAUAAUUGUUCCUGAAAGGCUUGCGGGGGGAGGGGGAGGUUGCAACCCUCCAGGGCCCUUGAAAUAUUGAACUCUUUCCAUCAGUCCACAAACCACGGGCCACCUGUCUCGAUGAAGGUCAUUUGGCUAACCCAUAAUAUAGCCCCUUUUCUUUGUCCCUUUUAAGUGCCUUAUACAGAUAAAUACAGAUCAGAGAAAGCAAGCAAGAUUGUUCUUUAGGCACCUACUUGUUCUCAUAUUGAAGAUUUUCCAAUAUAUUUAUAUAUGAUUUAGAGCUAAUGAGCAUCAUAAAAAGAAAAGAGUUUGCACUGGGCGUUUCCUGAGCUGCAGAUACUGGGCAGAUCUUUUCUACUUAAACCACCCAUUAACAUUUUAUCUGUUCCGAGAAAAAUGGGACAUAAGCAGAAUGCUUUGCCAACAAUGAGUGAAGCUCCCAAUGGAAAAGAAAACAUCAUUUGGAGAAAUAUUUCUGUAUAUUGUUUCUUGUUGCACACAACAAUCCUUCUAGUUCCUGAGCAAAGAGGGGGGUGGGUGGGAAGAGAAAUAUAUGUUUGUAUACUAAGAUUCGCUAAUCUAAGAAACAGCUGCCUGUAAGUUGUUCUCUCUUUUCCUCUCUCUAAUAAUUUUUGGCUUAGUCUGGUGUAUUUUCAGAAUUUGGGAUCCAAGAAUUGGCUCUCUUUUGUUAAGCGUUCUACAACAAAACUGACUUAUUUAUCCUAUAUAUAUGUGUGUGUGUGUGUAUCUGUUUUAUAACUGAGAAUUGCAACUCUAAAUGUACAGUCUUCAUUUAAAAAGUGCAUUAAGAUCUGGAACUCCAUACAUCCUUUUGUAAUAUGCAAAAUCUUUUCUCAUUUCUUACCUAAAAAUCCUAGCAGAGAACUCUUUGAUGUACAUUUUUUAAUAAAUGAAUAAAUAUACCUGUUUUUGUGGA